GGCACGCUGCAGGUGACAGAAUGUCUCGCAAUAAAGACAAGCAUGAGGGCGCUAGCGGGCGCACGUACCACAUCAUGUCGGAGGCGGAGCGGGCAUCUGGGAGGCGCGGUGGCUGGACUACGCUUGAGAUAACAGGAGGUGUGCGCGCUCUAGCGCCCCAACUGUUCCAACUGACGCAUUUGACAGCGUUGUACCUCAACGACAAUUCCCUGCAACGGAUCCCGCCGGACAUCAGCCAGCUGGUAAAUCUGCACACACUGGACAUGUCCAACAACAAGCUGAGGACGCUGCCCGCUGAGCUGGGUGAUCUUAUACAACUUAGGGAACUGCAUUUGCACAAUAACUAUCUACGAGUGUUGCCCUACGAUCUCGGCAAACUGUUCCACCUGCAGCUGCUGGGAUUGCAGGGAAACCCCCUCAGCAAGGAGAUGCUGUCGAUAUACAACGAUAACAAUGGUACUGCCAAGCUGCUCACGUAUCUGCUGGAUAAUCUGCAAGUUACUGCCACUCUACCACCACAGAGGCCUUGGAUACCCUUGACAAGACCAAAUAGGAGUCGUCCCACUUGUAUAUUCACGGUGAUGUGUUACAACGUGUUGUGCGACAAAUACGCGACGAGACAGAUGUACGGCUACUGCCCGAGCUGGGCGCUCGAGUGGGACUACAGGAAAAAAGGGAUCCUCGACGAGAUACGACACUAUUCGGCGGACAUCAUCAGCUUACAGGAGGUGGAAACGGAUCAGUUCUACAAUUUCUUCUUACCGGAGUUGAAGCAGGACGGCUACGACGGCAUAUUCUCACCCAAGUCCCGCGCGAAGACAAUGUCCGAGUCCGAGAGGAAAUACGUCGACGGUUGCGCCAUCUUCUUUAGAUCUGCCAAGUUCGCGCUAGUCAAGGAGCACCUAAUAGAAUUCAACCAGCUGGCGAUGGCGAACAGCGAGGGCUCAGACAACAUGCUGAACCGUGUGAUGCCGAAGGACAACAUUGGGCUCGCGGCGCUGCUGAAGACGAAGGAGGCUGCGUGGGAAAAUGGUGAGAAUUUCAACUUCACAGGUCUCCCAACGGAGACGUCAGCGGUGGCCCAGCCGAUACUGGUGUGCACGGCGCACAUACACUGGGACCCCGAGUUCUGCGACGUGAAGUUGAUACAGACGAUGAUGCUCAGCAACGAACUUCGCUCCAUACUGGACGACUCGGCGAGGACGUUGCGCCUCACGGGACAGAAGGACAACGUCCAGCUGCUGCUGUGCGGGGACUUCAACUCUCUGCCCGAUAGUGGCGUGGUGGAGUUCCUCUCGUCGGGGCGCGUGUCCGCGGACCACCGCGACUUCAAGGAGCUCGGCUACGCGACGUCGCUGCGCCGCAUGCCCGGCUCCGAGCACGAGUUCACGCACAACUUCAAGCUCGCCUCCGCCUACAGCGAGGACAUCAUGCCGUACACCAACUACACGUUCGACUUCAAGGGUAUCAUAGAUUAUAUAUUCUACAGCAAACAGUCUAUGACGCCGCUGGGUCUGCUGGGGCCGCUGUCGCAGGAGUGGUUCCGCGAGCACAAGGUGGUCGGCUGUCCGCACCCGCACAUACCCUCCGAUCACUUCCCCCUACUAGUGGAGCUGGAGAUGUGCCCCACAUCGAGCGCGAACUCGAACGGACUGAUCGGGCGCAGGUAGCACGCGUCACGCCGCCAGCCCCACCACCAACAUCACCACCACCAACACCAAUACCACCGCCACGCCGUCGACUACCACGACCACAGGCGCCACGAGCGAAGCAGGACCUGAGAUACCAUCAAGUGUCUAGCAGCAAGUGAUGCAGGGAUUCGAGCAGCGGAUCGGAUCGAGAUGCAAGCGAGUCCAAAUGGUAGCACAGCUGUAUGGUGACGUGAUUGCUGAUUGAGAUUGAGGGUUUCUGGGUUUAUGUAUUGGGAGUGUUUUUAUUUGUUUUGUAUUUUAGCCUCACGGUAAUAGUUUUCAGAUAAAUGGUGGAUGUGUAAUUCGAUUGAAAUUCGUUUAGAUCUUUUGACAAUUUUUACAUUUACUGCCAUAUUCUAAAAUCAAUAAGUCAUGUUAUAAUUAUAAAUAUGUGUGAAAAUCCAUCAUCAUUUUACAAAUUGUGCAAUAAGAUUCUAAUUCACUCUCGUAAACAUCACCAGUGACCCUCAAUGUCAUUUGACAUUGAAUCUGUAACGUAACAACGGACGUAGAAUGGUAAAAAGAACAAACGAAUUUGUAACGGAACCUGUGUGAAGUACUUAGCGAGAUUGUAACUGUUUCUAUUCAAUUGUAUAAUAACCUCUUUGUCAAUGACUAUUGAAGUAUAUAAUCAUAAAUUGGCACAGUUAGUAUGUGCAAGCGGGAUAGCUUGUUGUCGAAUGCAGUGGAGUGAGCGAGACAACGAGCGUUUACCGCCGUUUAUGAUUGCAUCCUUUAAUGGCACAGAUCAUUUAUUUGCAAGAAAAGUUUCUAUGAAAAUUUGAAAUGUAUUUCGUUAUUUUGUGCUUUCUUUUAUAUACCUUAAUAGCAAGUGACAUUCAAUUGUUCUGCGUAUUUAUAGCUAAAAUAUAUUAAAUAUAAGUAUAGUAGGUACUUAAUUUCUUCGCCACCGGUUUUCUUACCUUGCAAAUUCAACACAGAUUUCGGCUACGUCCAAGUUUAAUUUUGACAAAUCUUUCGCUUAAAUAUUUCAGUAAAGGGACAAGUGAAGGCGCGUUUCAGUAUAUUUUGAAAGCAUGCGUUGUUACACUCUUUCGUAUUGGAUAUUGGAGUAUUGAGUUUUCACAUAUGUAUUCAUAAUACUGCAUUAUCAAAAUAGUAUUAUUACUUUUUAACAUGUUUCAUAUGGUUUUAAUAAUAAAAAACACAUAUUUUUUUAAUAUGACAAAAAUAUAAUUAUUGACAUAACAUUUCUGGUUAUUAACAACCAUACAAAUUAAAUUAUUUUCAGUAUGCAUUACGAAGGGGUGGAUAAUUAUUUUGAAUGCUCAGUAAAGUACAGUGUUUCUAAUCGAUAUUUAGCUUUAAGACUAUUGUCUGUGCAAUUGUAGUUUUCAAUUAGAUAAAAAAAAAAGUAUUUUCUCACAGUGAUCGGUUUAAAUUAUUAUUGAUGUCGUUUACCGUUUUCAAAGUGUAGCGAGAUUUAGUUUCAAAAAUACAGUUGAGGAAUGUAUAUACAUAAUGCAUAUAGCCUGUCGUGUAUCGAACUGGCAUUUUUGUUUUUAUUUUAUUUUUAUUUGAGGCAAAUUAUGUACAAUUUUUUUUUAAUUUUUAUCAUGUAAAGUAUGGCAACACAAAUUUUUAACAUUCUAAAUCGACUAAGUGUUAAUCGUUUUGUUUGAAUGAUCUGUUUUAAGUUAUAAAAGAUGUCAGUUCCUUACGCGAGGCGAAAUUUAUGUAUAAUAAUGUGCUUGUUAACGAAUGAAUAAAACAGAAGUGAAUGAAUAUCAGACGUCCAUUUACCAAUUAGUGAUAAAGGGAUUCCUCCACUGUAUAUUGUUAGGGUAAUCUGUGAAUACUUUGCUAUGUAUGUGUGUGUGUCACGUAGAUGACGUUGUGUAUGGAAAACCAAUGAGACUGUUAUUACAACGUAUUCUAAUUCGAUUGUGGUUUCUAUUACUAUAGUGUUAAAGACCUAUUUGCCCUGUCAAUAUUUUAAAUAAACUUUUUUUCUACUUCGAGACGUUCUUUAUAUAAUAAUGUCGUAAGAGUUUCAUUGGUGAGUGUGUUUCCACCAGCUGGCUUCAGCCCACGGUACGUUCUCAGCCGUGUGAUCGUGCGGCGAAGCGUGUGCCGGCGUCGGUAGUUUAGUGGAUGGUACUCUAUGUGCGGUGGUGUGUGGUGGUGUGUGGUGUCAUGUGGUACGGUGUUGGCAUUUAGAACAAAGCCGGGCGUUCGCUCGGCGGCGGCGAAACUUAGGUUAAUGUCGCAUUUUGUGUACCAACAAACUACUCAGCGAGACUUUAAACACCUUUCCUAUACUACCUUUACCCCUCCCCAUAACCCCUUCCCCGUUUUCCUAGUAUUUUUUUUUAAUAAUCUCUUGUAAGUGGACUUUUGUAUUGUCUUGAUGUUUUUUCUCUUUACGAGUCGUCAGCGCCGCUCGCCGCCGGCCUCCUCCCCGCGUAGUUUUAAGUAGGUUUUAUCAAAUGUGACGGAAUCAUGGUUAUUUCACGAAUUGAAGUUAUUUAGCUGUAAGUUUAGAUUACGGUUCAGUAUUCGCAUCAAACGCCGACUGCUUCGAUCCAAAUUUUAUUACUGUAGAUGCAUUUUUUAGUUUAGUGGAAUGUUUUAAAUUUUCUUUUCGGGAGGCGACCGACGGCGACCGGCCACAAUUAGAUUAGCGGGUAGCAUACUGGCGUAGUACAAAUGUGUGAGUGGGGGAGAGAUACAUACGGUACUUUUGUGUGUGUGCGUCGCGUAUCUAGGAGCCGCUUUUGAUUGGUCGAUUGUCGCAGUGACGUGCGAUCGCAGGGUCGCCGUAUUCGGGUGGGAGUUUGGUGUGACGAUUUAAUUUUUAAAGAUUUAAUUCUUUUUAUCCGUGCACUGGUUAAAUUGUCAUACUAACGGGGACGUGUGCAUCGCUCGCGUGCGCUCCAGCCUCUGACUGUAUUCGUAUAUUUGGUUGUGAUCUAUCGGGCUCGUUGUUCUGUAACGUUAUCGGAGACUGUCGGGGAGCAUCGGAAACUAGUCAUCGACAGAGGUUGAUACAGAUUUUGCUCAGGGAAAGUGGUUUAUUAUUUGGACACACUCGUACUGCCCGUUUGUCAACAGUAUCUAAUUUAGAUUGUAGUUUUCGUUAGGUUUUAUAUACUUUAUAGUGAGUUCUGCGGGCGCAAGCCCGGGCGAGGCCCGAGUGCAAUCUGUCAAUCUCUUGCGAUUCGUUGUAGAGCGUUAGUUGUCUCAUCGGAAUAACUUAGUGAUAUUUACUAAAACUUUUUAUAUUACAAAAAAAAUUGGACCACUGCAUAGUUGAAUCUACGCUUAUUUUUGUCCUCUCCAUCGGAAUUAUAUAUAAUUUUUAAAUAUUUUUUAUUCACUAUAUAUUAUUAUUAUUAUGAUUAUUAUGUAUAUCAAACGAUAGGUGCUGUUGUAUUUAAUUUUAAUGUUACUAACGCGAUUGUGAUAGGGAUACGUCUCUCUCGAAUGAAAUGUUUACAAAAUGAGCCAAAUCAUGUAAAAGGGUAUAUUUGAAUUAUUACUUUUAGGAUAAUCGUGUCGAAAUGAAGUUUUGUAUCAUACAAAUUUUACUACUGACGCUGUAUAAUUUUUCUAAGUACAGAUAGAUUAUAAAAUCAUAUCAUGAUAACCUUGUUCUUUGACUUUUGUAAAUUAAUGUAGAAUUUUAAGAAUUUAGCCCGCGCCCGCUGGAUGUGCUCCCUCGCGAAGUGACGCACAAAGUUUGUGUGCAUUAUAUACGAUAUACGAUAUAGCGGCGGGUGCGACGAGUCGCCCGCGGCGGGAGCGCCUCGAGCGCGCCCUCGCUACAGAAUAUAUUCGUUUGUAUUGUGCCGGGUGAUAAGUAUUUUUGCAUUUAUCGUGUUGUCGGAACGUAUUCGUAUAGCAUAAUACUUUGCACCUGUCGCUGACUAGCAACGAAGGCCUUAAAAUGUACCACUCAUGUGUCUAUUCAUUGUACCUGUUGAUGAGAUUUGGCUUAGAAUAUUGUUUAAAUUAUACGCAGUUAAAAAAAGUGUAUGCGCAUAAAUAAAUAUGUUAUUUAUAAUUAUUGUCACGGUUGCGUUGAUGCGGUCGAGUCGAGGCUAUAUAUUGAUCAUUUCUUACAUACAUAGUUCUUAGCGUUGGACGCGGCGUUCGUGACGCGUCGUUUGUA